CCGACACAAAAUGGCGACUUACACACAUAGACAGUAAGGACGAAAAGUAAGAAGUAGUCGGCAUUUAAGUUUAUCAUUAGUACUGUUAUAUUGAUAGGCUACAUUUCAGUCUUAUUUUGAAUUUAACGUUUUAACCGUUUUGAGAGGAGACAUUAUAGAACGGCCAUGAGUGGAUCUGCGAUUCAAGAGAAGGUUGCUAGACUGUUGAGCAGGCAGAAUGGGAAACCCGCAAUGAAAGCCGUCAAACCUCUGGCUCUUAAGAAUGAGGUCGCUAACCGCAAGCCGAAGAAAGGAGAGGCCACCUGCGUUACGGAGAUGUCGUUGCUGAUGGUUUGCUGGAAACAGAACGACUUUAACAAUGCACUCUGCUCUAAAGAAGUCUCAUCCUUCUACACAUGUGUUGAAAAGGCGCAGACCAAGGCCAAAGGACAGCAGGGAACUCAGGGUCGACUUUUGCCUAAGGAAGCCAACAACUUAUUAAAACGAUUUCCCAACCUGGCCAGUGAGAUUUAGGACCAGUAACACAGAUUAGUCACAGAAUUGACACUUUUAUUAUCUGAGCUGUAUAGAUGGGGACUUUAGUCUGAGUGCAUUACUGUGCCAGCCAUUUGAUGAGAACGGGGUGUGGAAAGGUUUUCUAAAAAACGGCAAUGAAGCUGUCACUGGGAUGCUCGCCAAGCAAAUGGGCUGCAUUCAUAAGGUUUUGAAGGUACUUUUGGUGAUUACUACAUUUUACUCACUGCACUAGGUCGUCCCAUUUUAACAGUACAAAAGAAGAAGCUCAGUUCUCUUCACAUACUUAAAGGGAUAGUUCAACCAAAAAUGCAAAUCUGUCUCCAUUUACUGACCCUCAUGUCAUCUU